CGCCCCGCCCUGGCCAUGACGCCCCGCCCCGCCCCUAGGCGGUUGCUGGCAGCGGCUGCCGCCCUCCCACUGCCCAAUAGCGCGGCUGCAGUCUGUGAUGUGAAGCUCUGCUCAGGCUUGUCCGGCCCCCGGCUCACAGCCUAUUACACCAUCCGUCGCAGAAGCCGCAGCAGCCGGAGCCGACUCAGAGGGCGGGAGGCAGUUCGGGUGGCGGGGCGGGGCGAACAGCGCGCCCGGAUUCAUUCCUGUGGGUCGCGGGGCAUGGAGGAGCUGUGCGGCCGCAGGCGGAGCUGGGCGGCCCGGGCGGUGGCGGGGACAACGGUUUCCCUUUGAAGGGGACGGCUUGAACCCGAGUGACCAUCGGCGGCGGGGAGGACUAGCCCCCGGGCAGUUUGGUGCCGUUUGUCAGAUGUUGGAAGGCAGUAGGACGGAACAUACUCUUCGUGGUUGUAUAUCCGCUCUAGGGUGCAGCAAUUAAUAUUGAACUUUGGUUCCUGUGACUCUUGGCUGUGUCGAUAGAGUUAAGCUGGAGCUCUGCUUUGAAAGGUAAAUAAAGCACAGCGUCUCAACUGGACAUAAAUGGAUCUAAAGACAGCAGUAUUUAACGCAGCUCGGGAUGGCAAACUCCGGCUUCUCACCAAAUUGUUGGCAAGCAAAUCCAAAGAGGAGGUUUCCUCCUUGAUCUCUGAAAAAACAAAUGGGGCCACGCCACUCUUGAUGGCCGCCAGGUAUGGGCACCUUGACAUGGUGGAAUUCCUCCUAGAGCAGUGCAGUGCCUCCAUAGAAGUUGGGGGCUCCGUCAAUUUUGAUGGCGAAACCAUUGAGGGGGCUCCCCCUUUAUGGGCCGCUUCUGCAGCAGGACAUCUGAAAGUGGUCCAGUCUUUGUUAAAUCAUGGAGCAUCGGUCAACAACACGACUUUAACUAAUUCAACUCCUCUUCGAGCUGCGUGUUUCGAUGGCCAUUUGGAAAUAGUGAAGUACCUUGUAGAACACAAAGCUGAUUUGGAAGUGUCAAACCGACAUGGGCAUACGUGCUUGAUGAUUUCAUGUUACAAAGGACAUAAAGAGAUUGCUCAGUAUUUACUUGAAAAGGGGGCAGAUGUUAAUAGAAAAAGUGUUAAAGGUAAUACUGCAUUGCAUGAUUGUGCAGAAUCUGGAAGUUUGGACAUCAUGAAGAUGCUUCUUAUGUAUUGUGCCAAGAUGGAAAAGGAUGGUUAUGGAAUGACUCCCCUUCUCUCAGCAAGUGUGACUGGUCACACAAAUAUUGUGGAUUUUCUGACACACCAUGCACAGACCAGCAAGACAGAACGUAUUAACGCUCUAGAGCUUCUGGGAGCUACAUUUGUAGACAAAAAAAGAGAUCUCCUUGGGGCUUUGAAAUACUGGAAAAAGGCAAUGAACAUGAGGUACAGUGAUAGGACUAAUAUUAUUAGUAAACCAGUGCCACAAACACUCAUAAUGGCUUAUGAUUAUGCCAAGGAGGUGAACAGUGCAGAAGAGCUAGAAGGUCUUAUUGCUGAUCCUGAUGAGAUGAGAAUGCAGGCACUAUUAAUCAGAGAACGUAUUCUUGGUCCUUCUCAUCCUGAUACCUCUUACUAUAUUAGAUAUAGAGGCGCUGUCUAUGCAGACUCUGGAAAUUUCAAACGAUGCAUCAACCUAUGGAAGUAUGCUUUGGAUAUGCAGCAGAGCAAUUUGGAUCCUUUAAGCCCAAUGACCGCCAGCAGCUUAUUAUCUUUUGCAGAACUAUUUUCCUUUAUGCUACAGGAUAGGGCUAAAGGCCUGCUGGGUACUACUGUUACAUUUGAUGAUCUUAUGGGCAUACUUUGCAAAAGCGUCCUUGAAAUAGAGCGAGCUAUCAAACAAACUCAGUGUCCCGCUGACCCAUUACAGUUAAAUAAGGCUCUUUCUAUUAUUUUGCACUUAAUUUGCUUGUUAGAGAAAGUUCCUUGUACCCUAGAACAGGACCAUUUCAAAAAGCAGACUAUAUACAGGUUUCUUAAGCUGCAUCCAAGGGGAAAGAAUAACUUCAGCCCUCUUCAUCUGGCUGUGGACAAGAAUACCACAUGUGUAGGGCGGUACCCUGUUUGUAAAUUUCCAUCUCUACAAGUUACUGCGAUACUGAUAGAAUGUGGUGCUGAUGUGAACGUCAGAGACUCGGAUGACAACAGUCCCCUACAUAUUGCUGCUCUUAACAACCAUCCAGACAUCAUGAAUCUCCUUAUUAAAUCAGGUGCACAUUUUGAUGCCACAAACUUGCACAAACAAACUGCUAGUGACUUGCUGGAUGAGAAAGAAAUAGCUAAAAAUUUGAUCCAGCCUAUAAAUCAUACCACAUUGCAGUGUCUUGCUGCUCGUGUCAUAGUGAAUCAUAGAAUAUAUUAUAAAGGGCACAUCCCAGAAAAGCUAGAGACCUUUGUUUCACUUCAUAGAUGAUAAUUUGACUGUAUUUUAGCACUGUCAAAGCACGAAUUGGUAACAGUUGUUUCAUAAAUGAGCACUGUUGUGAUUACACCAGCAUUCAUUUAGCUUGAUUGAUAUCGUGCUCUCAUUGGCUAAACCAUUAUAAGCAUCAAAUUUACAGGAUUGGUUUCCCAGUAUUUAAUAUAAAUAUACCAUAUAAUAUAUUGUUUGUGAAUUACUGAGAAAUGUAACAUCAUAUUCAAAUUUCUAAAAUUGUCUGCCAAAGGCUUAUUCAUUCUGGUUUUGUUUGCUGUUGGAUGUUUGGGGCAGAGUUAACCAUUUUUCCAUGGUGUCUUUAUACUUUACUGGUUUGUGAAUUUUAUACAAUUGAAAGUCUUUUUUUCCUGCUUCUUCCUUCUCUUCUCAAGUUUCCUUCCUGUUUCUACUUUAUUUUUUGUCCUAACCAUUUCUACUACAGUUUUUUCCUUAUGGAGCCAUGCUAGGUUGUACAAACUUUAAGGACUCGUUACCAUUUGCAGUUACCAUAAGUGCUUUAUCUUCUCUAUGCACAGGCUUAAACUUGACUGUUGUAUGUUAGCAUAUUUUCUAUGCAGCAGUUGGUCAACUUCAACUCAAAACACUGUUUUCUUAUGUUUGUUACAAAGUUAGUUUUUUUUGAAAGUACUCUGUAGCAUGACAAUUUUUAGAGCUGCAGUUUAGCUAUUUUAGCUCAAGCUUUUUUAUUUGUUUUUUUUCUUCAUUUUCUUCACAUCUGAGGUUUCUUUCUCUAAUCCACUGAAAUUAUUGUGUGCUAAAUUUGGGAAGCAGAUCUAUUCUAACUCAUUAACCCAGUUGAAAUUUAGGUCUGUCAUCUUAAUAUAUCAUGUAGUAAAAUGAAGAAUCUUUUUAAAGUGACCCACCUUUCAUGCUGCUCCAGCAUUGUCCUGCUUGUGCUGAUGGUGUGACUAGGUGUAGAGAAUUUGCUUAAAUUUAACUUCAAAGUUUAUCACACAGCUUAAUGAGUCACAUUCAAAUAUUCAGUAAUUGAACUGCAAAUCACUUUUAGUUACAAAAAGAGCUAAAGCAUGUCAGUGGCAUGAUGCUUGCCAAGCCAGAUCUAGGCAUCUAGGAUAAUUAAGGUAUUUUAGUAUGCAAUUUACUGCCACAAUAUCAAAGGUCAGUAACAGUGUUCUUUCUUUCUUCAAGCUUACGUAUACCUUUAAAGAUAACUUGCAUGAAUUAUUUUGAUUCCUUUGGUCUCAAUUAUUUGUCACCCUAGUUAAACAUGAAAGGUUGCAGUGCUUCCUGUUCCCUUACUGGAAGUUAGCUUUUCUUUUCUCUUCCUUUUUUCCUUUCUCUCUCUCUCACUGUCUUUUCUCUCUUUCUUUCUCUUUCUCUCACAGAUUUGCUAAUGCCACAGAAAGGGCUCUUUUAACUUAAGAUAAGUGAAAAGUACUAAAAAAGAUUCAGGUAAUUAUCAUUCAGCACUUUAUUGUAUUUCAGAAUAAAAUUUAUGAUGGCAUAUUUGCCCUGCAAAUGUCUUAAUGAAGUUGUUCUGAAUAAAAAGCUCCUUACUGAUUUGAGAAAAACUCAGUUUACCUGUGAGUUUAAUGAGCUGGAUUACUCACUUGGAUUUUUGUGUUGACAUUUUGUUCUGAGGGUUAGUGUCACUAUUUAAAUCAUCAAUGCAAACAGUCACAUUAGGUUUGUCAUUAUCUUUAGUAAAAACCUUGUCAUGAAGAGUAGUAAAUAAACAAGAGAACAUUAUUUGACUUUUUGGUUAAACAAUUGAGGUUUAAUUUUUAAAAGAUAUUCUCACACAUUUUACUAGGUUGCAAAUUUGAUUUCACCAUUAAGAAACAGUAAAUUGGGAUAUGAAUGAAUGCUCUCCAACCUUUUGAUGAAGAGGUUUUACUAUCUCUUACUAGUAAAUUUGAUGAAAUAUUUGAAUUGUCACAUAUAUUAAGAAUAUUUUGUGAUUUAGACCAAUAUUCUAGAAAUAUCAAAUAUCAGUAUUUUCAAAUCAUCUGCCUCUAACUUUGUGGUAUAAUAAUUAUAUAUGUAUAUGCUAUUAUUUUUAUAAAGGAAAACUUUGCCAUUACAGUAAAUUAUAUCAGGAGAUCUCAAUAAUUUGGGGUAAAAGAUGACAAUUGGAUUUUUAAGUGAUUUAGUAUUUCCUCUUCCUCUUUGGUGGCUGGGUAGGAGGGCUUACAUGCUCUUAGAGUAAGGCACACAUGUCUUACUGUUUUACAGCUGAACUUGAAUUGUACAACUCCGGUGUAAAAUAAGGAUUUCUUUAGCAUUUUUGUACCACUAAAAAUAGAUAACUUAGAACUCAGUCUUGAUAACUGAAAUGACUUAUUUCACUUAGAAUAUAUUUCCCCUUCUCUACCAUCUCCACAGAUGCCAUUGGGAGGUUUUGAAAAAUCAGUUUAAUAGCUCAAAAUUGUCCCUGAUUUUAUUUUAUUUUAGAGGAAAUUGUUUCAUAAAUGUGAACUUAGACACUAAUAAAGCCUUUGUCAGAAAGUAUUCUCAAAAUUACGAAUGGAUUAUGAUAAAAUACUUAAAUUUCUGUUAUUUUUUGAACCACAGAUGAGUAAAUUUUAAUAAUGAACCUGUUACACUCAUGUGAGUCAAACUAAACUGUACACUGUAGCAUGGUGGUAUUGACUGGAGUUAAUGUGUAAGUUCUUAUUACAUUUCUAUGAAAAUAACCGUUUGGGGCCUGCUGAAUUUUAGAUGUUCCACUGUUUUGAUCAUUUCUGUAAAAGAAAUGGUAAUUUUACUCAGAUGCCAGUCUACUUUAUAAAGACAAAUAGACUAUGGACUUAAAAAUAGUCAUUUUUCUUAUUCAUAAAUCUGAUAGGCAUAAACCCAAAUCAAAGAUAAUUUGGCGCCCUUUAUGAAUUUGAAUUUAAGUGAUAGCUCACUUGUGAAGUGACUACCUUAAUGUGUAUAGAGACCCCAGGCUACCAUGAUUUGGGAAAAUUGUUUAGGUUAUAUGGGAAAAGUAGCUCUUUAAAAAUCAUAUUGCCCAACAGAAACCUUAGGCUGAAUUUACAAAUAUGAUAAUUUUUAUAAUUAUUCUUAGAAUUGUGCAGACUGGAUGAGAUGAUAACGUAUUCUUGUACACUGUAACAACAGCAUUAUUGCCUAGAACUUUAAUCAUUUUAGAGUUAGAUACUAAGGAAACAAACUAAUUGGUCAUCAUUAUUUUCUUUUUCUUUUUUUUUUUUUUUUUUGCCCUCAUGUAUCACUAAACAACUAGUUUCUCUCCCUUUUGUCAGUUCCCAUUGUGUAUUUUUCCAAAAGAAGUACUGUAUUCAGAUGCCAGCUAAUAAAUUGUCACACAAUGGAAAAAUCAUAUGCCACAAUAUUCAUUGUAAGGUUUAAUAAAAUUAAAUUUGCACCAAAUUUAAGUGUAUUCUUAUUAACCCUUAAUACUUGAUUGGUAUUAUCUUAAUGCAAAUGAUAGUAGACUUCUGUUUCACAAACACCUAUUAAUCAUUUGUGGCCAGUUAGAACUUAAAAGGUAGCAUUUAUUGUUAAUACUUCUAUGUAUAUAUGAUUUAUGUACAGUUAUUCUAAAUUUUUUUCUAGUAGAAAUUACAGAAACUAAAGAUAUAGGGAGACUUUUGUCAACUGCAUAAGAGAAGGGAUGCCUUUAAUUCUUGUUUUAUAAUUGGUUUGCUAUUAUCAGAAAUAUAUCAUAAAUAUAUUUUAUAAAGGUAAGUUUUAUACAUUUGUUUUCCAUCACUUUCAGUUGUAAAAUCGAAGUAGUCCUUGUCUUUUUUUAUGUUUAACUUGCCUAAUACAAAAAGCUCUAGUUAAGUCAGAAAAUGCAUUAGCUGUAAUUUCUAAACUCCAAGCAUAAAUUGAAAUAUCUAGUUUUAUAGGUUUUUCCCUUUUGAAUUGUUAAUAUCCCUUACUCAUGACAAGUACAGGUUUUGUUUUUCUUUGACCGAGCCCUUUUAAACAUUAGUCUUCUUUACCCUUGGUAAUGUGGUACUACGGUUGUCUGCACUACCACCUCCAAUAUUUAAGAGGACUCUUACCAAAUUUAUAAGUAAAAGAAUAUUGUAUUUUAAGUCUUUAAGAAAAAGUCUUACCAUGUCCUCAAGAUACUCUGUUUCUUCAAGAUACUUUAUUUCAUCUUUUUUAUCUCUGUACUAGUGUAUAGAACAUUGUUGAGAAGUUUGGGGCUGUGGGAGUUAAGUCAUUGAUUCCUGUGUCCCAUGUUACUUUAUAUCGCAUGGUUUUUUUUUUUUUUUUUUUGUAAAGGUGCUUUUAAAUAAGAUUUUGUCUCAUAAAAUUACAGCUGUAUAUAAUUGUUGAUUUAAUUGAUUUUUCUAAUAUAUCUAUGUCUGAUUUCAAAAGUGAAAUAAUACAGUUUCCUACCUUGAAAAAAUUGAAAAUCCUAGGAUUGGUAUCUAUUUUUAAUAUCUUCUCAUCAUUAUAAUUGUCAAUUAUACAACUAUAAAAGAUACUUGUAGUAGUACAUAGUUGUCCUAAAGCCUAUCUUAGUUAUGUUUUCCCUUUUUUCUUUUUCCCAUGUUAAAUCUUAAACUUUUUCAAGACAAAAAUUCUUAAAGUAGUAGUAGUAGCUAAAAUUUGGUAAAUUAUGAAAAUGAAAUUAGGUCAAGAAUGAAUUUAAGUGUGAUCAGUAUAUACUGGAAUGUUGAGGAAAAUUAGGCAUAUUCCUCAUGCUCUUUCAGAGUAAUCUUUCAC